UGUGCUUAUAAUACCAACACUCUCAACCACCGUGGCGUCAGUCAGCCGUCAGCCACUCGUCAGUCAAGGAAGACAAGAUGGUCGGCUACAAGACAGCUCUCGUGACGUCACUGCUGGCACUGGGACUGGCCUUCCUCCUGAUGCGAGAGCCCCCCCUCCCCCCCCUCGACCCCGACCCAUGGUGGGGGCCGGGACAUCGCCAGCCCGAAGAUGGCACCGUUCGGCCUUUCAAGAUUGACAUCCCCGAAGAGGAAGUGGAGGAUUUCCACAAGCGUCUAUCCUUGCCCCUUCGCCUCACGCCGCCCCUCGAACGAGCCAAUUUCACCUACGGGUUUAACAGCAAUACCCUCGUUAAGGUCGUGGACUACCUGCGCCACGAGUACGACUGGAGAAAAGGGGAGAAACGACUCAAUAAAUAUGCCCACUACAAGACGCGCCUGGAGGGCCUAGACAUCCACUUCCUCCGGGCAAAGGCAAGCACUCAGUACCCGAAGGACGUGAAGGUCGUCCCCCUCCUGCUGAUCCACGGUUGGCCCGGGUCCUUCGUCGAAUUCUACGACCUCCUGCCCCUCCUGACGGCACCGCAGGAGGGCAGCAGCGUCGUGUUUGAGGUGGUCUGCCCUUCGAUCCCUGGCUACGGGUUCUCGCAAGCGCCGGUCAGGGAGGGUUUAGGCACAAAAGAAACGGGACAGAUGUUCUUGAAGUUGAUGAAGAGAUUAGGCUUCGAGAAGUUUUACCUACAAGGAGGAGAUUGGGGAUCAGCCAUUGCCACAGAGAUGGCUACGUAUUAUCCUGAAAAUAUAAUAGGAGUCCACCUCAACAUGUUCGGCUCCCUAACUACCGGUGCAACAGCGAAGUUACUCCUUGGGUCGAUUCUGCCUGAAGGACUUAUAAUCGCUGCCAAGGACCAGAAUAAAUUAUAUCCUUUAGGAGAAACCUUUAAAUGGAUUCUUAGGGAAACUGGCUACGCUCACAUCCAAGCCACCAAGCCAGAUACUGUCGGCGCCGCCCUAAACCAGAGUCCCGUAGCCCUGGCCGCCUACAUCCUGGAGAAGUUCAGUACGUGGACCCACAAGAAGAAUGUGUUCCUGCCUGACGGAGGUCUUCUGCAGGAGGAUUUCCCCAUUAGUCUGGAUGUGCUCCUCGAUAAUGUCUGUGUCUACUGGUUCACAGGCAGCAUCACCUCAAGCAUGCGCUAUUAUGCUGAAAACUUCAGCAGUCGUAACUCUGCUUUUGCCACAGAGAAUAACCCUUGCCGAGUGCCAGCCGGACUGACCGCCUUCCCUCAGGAGAUUUCCAACUACCCGGAGACUUUGGCCGCCCACAAGUUCUAUGACAUCGUUAGCUAUACUGACCAGGAGGCAGGCGGCCACUUCCCGGCCCUGGAGCGACCUGUUGACCUGGCCCAUGAUGUACACCGAUUCGUGACCGCCGUCGAGGCCAGGCGACGCGUGACCCCUGCGUAAAAGGUCAAAGGGCAGAUUUUCUUGGGUCAAACUUGGUGAUCUCGAGAUGUGUUGAGAGAGUAUUUGUUAAAGGCAGUUUUGCUUUUUUUGUAUGUUCUUCAUAUUAAAAUCAACUUUAUUGUUUAAUUC